UUAUUCAUUAUCAUUUAUUCCAUAACAGAUUUUCUACAAAAUGUUUAAGUUAUUUAAUAUAUUUGUGAUAUUAAAUUUACUGUUUUUAACUCAUAAAUUUAUUAUUGCCGAAGAGCAAACUGAAAUAAAGACAGACAGAGAUUCAAUAAAGGCGAAAAUAGGCAACUUAGAAAAGAAAUACCCAGACUCUCGGAUAAUAAAGGGAAAAAGCUGCUCUACAGAAAAAUACCCUUUCAUGGCUUUAGUAAUCAUGAAGAAUAGUUACAACGAUGCUUGGUUAAGAGUAUGUGGUGGGUCAUUACUAAAUGAAAAUUGGGUGCUUACCGCAGCUCAUUGCGUAAAAAAAGGAAGACAAUACGCAAUUAAAUAUCACCUUAGUUAUAAAAACAGCGAAACCAUACCAGUAGAGGAAAAAUUUGUACAUCCCCAAUUUCAAAAAGACAGUUUUAGAAAUGAUAUAGCUUUGCUUAUGUUAAAAAAACCAAUAGAGCAAUCGUCGCAUGUAGGGUAUGUAAGAUUGCCAAUUAGAAACGAAUACAUGGACGAUCCUCCGUGUGAAAUUGCUCUCGUAAUGGGAUACGGUGUUACUCAAACCGGUAGGGUCCCAAAGGUCACCGACUUACAGUGCGCCAAAAUUCCGAUAAUUACAUAUGAGGAAUGUCACAGUCUUUACCAAGUAAAUCACCGCAUUUCGACCGUGCCUAAAACGUUGUGCACUCUGUCCUCAGAAGGAAUCGAUGCAUGUCAAGGUGACUCUGGCGGGCCGUUACUUUGUGGCGAUAUUCAAUUUGGAAUUGUUUCUUGGGGUGUAGAUUGUGGAGUCACUACAAAUCCUGGAGUUUACACCAAGGUCGAUCGCUAUUUGGACUUCAUUAAAGAGAAUUUGAAUGAUUUGCCUCAACACUUGCUAAUGAAGGGAAACGUGAUGCUUCUCUCGUGCUGA